GCUAUGGCGGUCUGUCGGAGUUAUGUCUAUUUUUCACAAAGGUUUAUUUUGUUAUGACUUAUGAUGAGUGAAAUUCUAUUUUUCCAAUUAGAUGACAAUUGAAUACAACUCAAACAAAAACAUUUAAAACUGAUACAACUCAUAGUUUAGAUAAAAUGGAUUUAUAGCAUUCAAAAUGGUGUUUUCGACGAAGGUGUAUUUGGGAGUUUGUUUAUCUUUUUGUGCGACAUUUUGUAUACCAACUAACAAUGUUUACGGAAGCUCAAUUGUGGAGGUGGAGUUUGUGACAGAACCACAGGAUGUAGUGACUGUGCCGGGACAUCCUGUAGUCCUGGACUGUGUGGCUAGGUCCUCAGAUCCUCUGGUGGUGCCAACCAUCAAGUGGAGGACGGCUGACAGGCAGGACCUCACAUACAUCGGUGACCCAUACAGGAAACAGCUGAAUAACAAUUCCCUGCAGAUCUUAGCUGUGAUGGGGGUUGAGAUGGAGCAAUACCUGUGUGUAGCGACCAUAGACAACGUCGGCUCCAUCGUCAGUAGAACCGCGACUGUCACUCUCGCACGUUUGCCGCCAUUUGAAGAGCAACCCAAAGACCUGCGUCUAUUCCCUGGACAGACCGCCCUAUUCUCUUGUUUGGUAGAAAGCGGCCCUCCCCCACUACAAAACUCGUGGGAAGUCUCAUGGAUUAAAGAUUCUCGGCCGUUGGUUUUGGAUUUGUCACGAAUGUUAGUCCUACCUUCAGGGUCUUUGGAGAUAGAGUCAGUGCAGGUAUCGGACCGAGGUAGUUACCGCUGCAAUGUCAGUGGCAACAAUCAACAUAGACUUAGUGACAAGGCAGUUCUACAGAUAGAUCAGGACCUAGAGUCUGCCCAUAGUCUAAGGGCUCCGUCGUUCAUAGCACAGCCACGCUCAACUGUGGUGGUAGAGGGCAGCACUGUUACUCUGGAGUGUGCGGCUAACGGCAACCCUAGACCUUGGAUUGUCUGGCUGAAGGAUGGAGUGGCCAUUGAUUUUCAAGACCUGGACACUAACUGCAAGAUGACGGGCACUGGUAGUCUACAAAUGAGAGACAUCCAAGAGAGUGACGCAGGAAACUACCAAUGUAGAGCUGAGAAUAGAGAAGAUUCUGCGGACGCUACUGCCACUCUACAUGUUCAAGUUCCACCAUCUUUUUUGAAGAAGCCGACAAGUAAAGUAGCUCGGGAGAAAGAAGACGUGGAAUUGGAGUGUGCGGUCGAUGCUAGACCUGAAGCUAAAGUCAGUUGGUUGAAGAAUGGUGACCACAUCAAGCAAAAUGAGUAUCUGCAAGUAGUAAAUGGGAACAAUCUACGUAUUCUCGGACUGAUGUCAUUGGACGCAGGCAUUUUCCAGUGUGUUGCCUCAAACCCAGCCGGCAACAUUCAGGCAGCGGCACAUCUAGUGGUUACCAACUCAGCUGAUAGUGAAGUUUCCAAAAACAUCUCUAAAUUACUAAAAUCAAAACGUCCGUCCAUCCCCCCUGGUCUUUCCGCACUAGAAGGUGAGCUAGAGUUGCCGAGCCUGGAGACAGUUCCGCAGAACGUCGAGGCAGCCAUCGUAGGAGCCAGGUUCGUCACUCUCAGAUGGAAGCCGCCACUGCACUUCAGUGGACAAAUAUCUAGCUACUCUGUCUUCUACAGAGAGGAAGGUUCUUACAGAGAGAGGGUGGUGAACACGUCAAGGUCGAGACUAGAGGAGGUCAACAUACAAGGUUUACAGCCUGACCGCAGCUACGUGAUGCGAGUGAGGGCAUUGAUCAACGACAGUCUAGGAGCGACUUCUCUACCAGUCACAGUCAGGACUAAGGCGGAGGUGCACGUGCCUGGUCCUCCGCUACACGUAGCAGCUCAUCCCCUCUCCCCCACCUCUGUACAUGUCACCUGGGCUCCUCCGGCCUACGACCCUGCUACGGGACCUCCCCUCAGCUAUAGUCUGUAUUACAUAGAGGCUGAUGAUUCGGAAGAGUUCAUCAGGAAUACUACGGAGCUGAGUUACACAUUGGAGAACUUGAAGAAGUUCCAGGAGUACAACAUAUGGUUGGUCGCACACAAUGAGAACGGUCCAGGAACUGCUUCUGAAGAGAUCACAGUGAGAACGUACUCAGAUGUACCUAGCAAAGCACCGGAGAAUGUUACGUUGGAGGCUGCCAGCUCAACGAAAUACGAGAACUACAAAGAGGGACACACGGUGGGUUUGCCGCCAUUUGAAGAGCAACCCAAAGACCUGCGUCUAUUCCCUGGACAGACCGCCCUAUUCUCUUGUUUGGUAGAAAGCGGCCCUCCCCCACUACAAAACUCGUGGGAAGUCUCAUGGAUUAAAGAUUCUCGGCCGUUGGUUUUGGAUUUGUCACGAAUGUUAGUCCUACCUUCAGGGUCUUUGGAGAUAGAGUCAGUGCAGGUAUCGGACCGAGGUAGUUACCGCUGCAAUGUCAGUGGCAACAAUCAACAUAGACUUAGUGACAAGGCAGUUCUACAGAUAGAUCAGGACCUAGAGUCUGCCCAUAGUCUAAGGGCUCCGUCGUUCAUAGCACAGCCACGCUCAACUGUGGUGGUAGAGGGCAGCACUGUUACUCUGGAGUGUGCGGCUAACGGCAACCCUAGACCUUGGAUUGUCUGGCUGAAGGAUGGAGUGGCCAUUGAUUUUCAAGACCUGGACACUAACUGCAAGAUGACGGGCACUGGUAGUCUACAAAUGAGAGACAUCCAAGAGAGUGACGCAGGAAACUACCAAUGUAGAGCUGAGAAUAGAGAAGAUUCUGCGGACGCUACUGCCACUCUACAUGUUCAAGUUCCACCAUCUUUUUUGAAGAAGCCGACAAGUAAAGUAGCUCGGGAGAAAGAAGACGUGGAAUUGGAGUGUGCGGUCGAUGCUAGACCUGAAGCUAAAGUCAGUUGGUUGAAGAAUGGUGACCACAUCAAGCAAAAUGAGUAUCUGCAAGUAGUAAAUGGGAACAAUCUACGUAUUCUCGGACUGAUGUCAUUGGACGCAGGCAUUUUCCAGUGUGUUGCCUCAAACCCAGCCGGCAACAUUCAGGCAGCGGCACAUCUAGUGGUUACCAACUCAGCUGAUAGUGAAGUUUCCAAAAACAUCUCUAAAUUACUAAAAUCAAAACGUCCGUCCAUCCCCCCUGGUCUUUCCGCACUAGAAGGUGAGCUAGAGUUGCCGAGCCUGGAGACAGUUCCGCAGAACGUCGAGGCAGCCAUCGUAGGAGCCAGGUUCGUCACUCUCAGAUGGAAGCCGCCACUGCACUUCAGUGGACAAAUAUCUAGCUACUCUGUCUUCUACAGAGAGGAAGGUUCUUACAGAGAGAGGGUGGUGAACACGUCAAGGUCGAGACUAGAGGAGGUCAACAUACAAGGUUUACAGCCUGACCGCAGCUACGUGAUGCGAGUGAGGGCAUUGAUCAACGACAGUCUAGGAGCGACUUCUCUACCAGUCACAGUCAGGACUAAGGCGGAGGUGCACGUGCCUGGUCCUCCGCUACACGUAGCAGCUCAUCCCCUCUCCCCCACCUCUGUACAUGUCACCUGGGCUCCUCCGGCCUACGACCCUGCUACGGGACCUCCCCUCAGCUAUAGUCUGUAUUACAUAGAGGCUGAUGAUUCGGAAGAGUUCAUCAGGAAUACUACGGAGCUGAGUUACACAUUGGAGAACUUGAAGAAGUUCCAGGAGUACAACAUAUGGUUGGUCGCACACAAUGAGAACGGUCCAGGAACUGCUUCUGAAGAGAUCACAGUGAGAACGUACUCAGAUGUACCUAGCAAAGCACCGGAGAAUGUUACGUUGGAGGCUGCCAGCUCAACGACUGUGUAUGUUCGAUGGGAACCUCCACCUAAGGAUGGCCAGAACGGAGUUAUAACAGGCUACAAAGUGAGGUAUCGCAAGAAAGACAUGAGGGGCCGAGGGGACACCCAGACUGCCGCUGGAAACCAGCGAUUCUUUGACAUCCAAAACCUCGAUAAGAGCUCUGUGUAUCAAGUACGAUUGUUUGCGAUGAACGUGAAUGGCACUGGACCUCCCACGGACUGGUACACUAUAGAGACUUACGAAAAUGAUCUGGACGAGAGUACUGUGCCUGAAAAUCCAGCGUCAAUUAGAGUUAAACCGAGCACAAACUCCAUCACUGUUUCGUGGACGCCUCCAGCUGAUCAGAAUGUCAUGGUCCGAGGCUACACUCUGGGCUGGGGCAAAGGCAUCCCGGACGCUUAUCGUAAACUGUUGGAUGGCCAAAAGCGAUAUUUUGUCAUUGAAAACCUUGAGCCCAACUCCGAGUAUGUGAUCAGUCUGCGUGCAUGUAAUGCGAUGGGAGACGGACCAGCCAAGUAUGAGUCAACCCGUACUAGAGAUGAGGUCCCUCCGGAGCCACUCACCCCCCUCAUCCCCCCUGUGGGUCUCAAGGCCAUCGUCCUUUCAUCCACCACAGUUGUGGUCUAUUGGACAGACAGCACACUAUCUCAGAGCCAGUUGGUAACUGACAACAGAUACUAUGUUGUUCGGUUCUCGUCUUGCCAUCACUCGGGAAAUCCUCGGUACAAGGAAUACAACUCUACUGACCUCAACUAUAUGAUUGAUGAUCUCAAGCCAAACACACAGUAUGAGUUCACCGUCAAAGUUGUCAAGGGACGUAGGGAAAGCAGAUGGAGUAUGGUGGUGUCAAACACUACUAUGGAGGACGCUCCAUCAUCACCACCCCGAGAUCUUACUGUAGUCCCGGUGGAGGGUAACCCUACCAUGGUCAACCUCAACUGGCAACCUCCGAAACAGCCCAACGGACAGAUCACUGGUUAUGUUGUGUCAUACACAACUGACUUGUCCAAGAGAGAUCGAGAUUGGGUCGUGGAGGGAGUCAUGGGAGAUAAGAUGACCAGUAGUAUCAAAGGCCUAACUACCAGCACUACCUACUACUUCAAGAUACAGGCUCGGAACAGCAAGGGCUACGGGCCGAUGUCCAACACGGUGUCAAUGACUACAGGGCCAGGCUCGAGUUUCCGACAUUAUGAUUCGGCCCAUUCAUCUCGAGAUGCCCGUGGAGGACUCAGCAACAUGACUCUAUUGCUGAUCCUUCUGGCCUGCUGCGUUCUGCUCAUCGCUGGAGUGGCAAUUGGCAUCGUCAUCGUGUGCUGCAGAAAAGCCUCUGUUUCCCAGGACCGAAGCAAAAAGGGCUACACCAAAGGAAACACAGGAAAACCUGGAGCAAGUAACAUAAAACCUCCAGAUCUGUGGAUACAUCACGAUCAGAUGGAUUUAAAGAACAUGGAGAAGUCUUCUCAGGGAUCUCUCGAUGUUCCGUCGUCUGCUAGGGACCUGGAUAUGGACCAGCCCACCAAUUCUCUGGACAAACGUACCUACGGCACAUCCUACAUAGGAAAUGCCUCCCAGCCGCUGCUUGUUUCGGAAGAGAAAUGCUCGUCUGCUCGGAGGGUAGUUAAGCCAAAACCAAUAGCUUUGCCAGUCGAAAGCCAACCUUUGCGGGAACCCUCAGCCACUGCCACGCCCAUUGGUCCGAGCACAGGCCUGCUCAGCUCUCAGAGCAUGUCGGACACUCGACCACUCUACCCUCGCACUCAAUACUCCAUAUCUCGAGCGCAUGUCACACUUGACCCAGCUGGAGACACCGCCAGCGCUGUGAUGGUUCAGAGCGGGGCAGGAGGCUAUGAGAGUAUAGCAGGCGGAGCCAGCGGGGCCCCGGGCCCACCUCAGAUCUCCAACUACGGUGUCACAGGUGAUGGCACAGGCAGUCUGGGCAAGAGGAUGCAAGGACAUCCACUCAAGAGCUUCAGUGUUCCAGCUCCGCCUCCACAAUCAGCUCCCUCCACUCCUCAACAGAAACAUGUUGUGACAGUGCGACCUCAGGGUUCAAGCCCGUACAAGAAGGCGGGGCAUUACACAGGGCAGGUUCAGUCCCCAGCCCCCGCCAAAACACGACCUUCUCUCGAUGACUCACCAAAGCUACAGCCUUCGUACAGUACAGAAGAACUGAAUCAAGAAAUGGCCAACCUCGAAGGUCUAAUGAAGGACCUCAACGCCAUCACUGCCUCAGAGUUUGAGUGCUAGUCGAGCGCUCGUGAAGCUUUAGUCGUAACCCCGUGAUCUGAACAUUGCAUUACUGCCUUAUCUUGUAAACAGACUAUCGACACAUUUCACACAGCAUGCCAUUUGGCCUCAAAAACUCUCUCUUAUUUUUAGGAAGGUGAUAUUUUUUAUAACCGUGUUUUAUACUUUCAUAUGUUUACACUCUGGCUGGCUACUUCAAUACAGUUCCUAUUAUCACAAAGGGACGUUGAUGGAUGUGAUAACUUUGGGAUUUCCGAUUUGUUCAUUAGAACAGAACCUUGAAAAGCUUUGUGAAUUACUCGUUUUAUCAGGUUCGUAAGACAGUGUUGUUUCAAUUCAUUACACAGACAUCCUCCAAAUAUUUUUGGAGUUUAAGCUUGGAUCCAAGUAAAUUUAACAGGUAUUAUGAAGUUGAAAAUCUCCAGUAUUAUAGGUUUACUUUUCUGUUAAAAAAUCUCGCAAAACGACUUUUGCCAUUUGGGAGUUUUUAAUUAAUAGUUUAUCCGAAAGUUACUUUACUGGCACUAAGGUAUAUCUAUGAUCUCGUCUAUUACCUUGAUUUUGUGCUCUUAUACUAUAUACAAAAUAUUGGCUGCUUUUUUACCUUACAGUAUUAAUGAGUGUAAAAAGUUGCUAUUUAUGUUAAUUAUGAUUGCUUAUUUUAAAAUCAAAAUGCCUUAUCCAAACAGUAACUACAUAAUAGGUGAUUUCUGUAAGGAUUUUUCCUACAGUGAUUUGUAUAGGGACUUUUCCUAUAUGUGUUGAAAUAUUACUGCAAUAAUUCUAUAAACAAUACUCAAUGAUGCCACCAAUCUAUUAAAUUGUAUUAGGGAUUAAAAACUAAAAAAAGGACUAAAAACUAAAAACUAACUAAAAGGAGUUAUGUACUUUUUUACCACUCUUUUUCCCAGAGGUUCCCAAAUUUGUUUUAGUAGGUAGGCCUACUGUUCUUUGCACUUAAAGAUUUUUAAAUUAUUAUUUUAAGAUGUUUUAUGUUGUGUACCACUUUAUUUUUUCCUUUUAUCAUUGGCGUUUAAAGUGUUUAAACAUAAGUAUCAGUUGUGAGAUGUUCCAAUGAGAAAUAUUUUUGGAUUUCCAAAUGUUGUUUAGUAGUUUUUAGUUUUACAAUUCAUCAUCAUAAGUUUGGAAACCUCUGUCAUAUGGACAAAAUAACCUAAUUUAAUUUGUAUUGAAACAUUGAAAGAUUAUUUUGCAGCCAAUUUUUGUGUUCUUACUAUUAUAAACAUUCCUCAUAAAACUUCGGUUCCUCUAGUUUCUACUUAAUUUACACAACUAUAGAUUAUUAAAUUAUUUGAACUAAAUCUAUUUAUCUUUUGACUUUUAUAAAUAUUUUGAGACUCAUCAGGUUAACAGGUUAUAUUUUAGUGUUUAUGGUGUUAAAGCGUCACAUCAAUGGUUUUAGGAAUAUAAGUUAUUCGUUUCUGUAUUUUUAUCCAUUGUAACAACUUUUUUCUACUCUUGACUUUUUUAAUUACAUUGUAUGUCUUACCCUCAACAUAAUGUACAGUUGUACUGUACACUACUAAUAUUAUGUUGUUUAAUUUUGAACUCAUGUACAUUUAUUUUACUUUAACUGAGGAAAACGCUUAUGGUUUGUAUCCUAACACUUAUUUUUAUUAAAAUUAUACAACUUAAAACCUAAGCUAAAAUGUAGGAACAAAGAAAAUUUCAUUCAUUUCAUCACCGGGAAUAAACUUAGGGAUCACAUUAUUAUAAAUACAAAAAAUUUUGACAUCACAACUCACAAUACGUAACUGAAGCUCGGAAGAAAUUCACAUCACAUUUUGUGAAAGCUACUCUAGGUUUAGAUUAUCAAUCAGCAAGACUUUGCGCUCUAUUCUUAAUUUUGCAUAAACGAUUUACAAGGAUUUUCGGUAACGCCUCGCUUGGCUCUUUAAGUUAAAUAAGUUUCCUAUUUUCCGCCAUGUAUUAUAUUGUAGUAUUAAAUAUAGAUUAUAUAUUGUUUGUAUUUUUCUAUUUAUUUCUUAAUCAAAAUGUUAAUGGAAUUUGUGAAUGUAUUCUGUGUCAUAUGGAAAAUCAUAUUUCCUGUCAGAAGUACAAAUUUAACAGCUUUUUUCGAUUUGUACUUUUGAUUAUUUUGUAAGUGCCAUCAAAUAAAGUUAGGUUUAUCAAUGUAAUUAGCUUUAUGUUUUUACAAUUAUAACCUAUUAGAAGUGUGUGAAUAGAUAAAAGAGUUAAAGGUAUUUUUUGUAUUAUCAAUAAUAUUACAAGUAUUAUUUAAUAUAAGUUGUUCAAAGUGGAUGAGUCUAAAUUACUCCAAGUGAUGCAAUGGACAAUAAGAGGGUUGGAGUUGCCACAUGUUAUCAAAGCACUGUAAAUCCCUUGUGUCACUUUCUAAAACUUUGAAUCUUAAUACUUGCGUGUAACAUAAAACAACUUACUCUCAUUCGUUAAAUGAAGGGCAAAUCCCAAAACUCUUUCUUUAUCCGAUCAAAUUCAAGGUAUCAAAAUCUAGUUGAACACUUUAGUUUCUGAAUAAAACCUCAAAAUCUCCGAGAGCAAUUUGGUUAUGAAUAAGUGUUGUAUAUUUAUCUGUUGAAACAAAAUGUAGCCUAACAUUUUACCAUUUCUGUUUUGCAAAUAGUAUAUUUUCCGUAGUGUGUGAAAGCACAACAUUGUAAAUAGUGUAAGUAAUAAUUUGAUAUCGGAAACCGCUUACUGCGGAAAGGUAGUCAAAGGAUAUUAGUAAUUUUAAAUUUGAUUGUAAUUGUUUUUAUUUCUAAAUUGCUGUUUAUAUGUUGGUGCCUUUUAUAAAUUAACUCCAAGGCUUAUAUUAACUACACAGUAUUAAAAUUGCGAUUUCUUAUUUGCACAAUUGUAUUGCGUUCAUUUUUAAGGAUGCUUAGUGUUGUCUUAGUGUUUGAAAUAUCCUUUUGAAAUCGAAUAAUUUUUCCACCUGAUGCUCAAUAUUCCUUUAGUCGAAAAUUAUAUGUGUGAACGUAGUAAGGUGUAAACUUGAUAAUAAUGUAUUGUGUGUAUCAUUUAAACAUAGGUUAAGAAAUACGACUGAAACCGUUGCCUAUUUUGAUUCAAAUCAUUAGCUUGUUAGUCAUAUCGCUGGAUUUCAACAGUUUACUAGACAAAUAUAAAUAAAAAACCUUCAACUAACAGCUUUUAAAAAAAAUUCUGAGUAAAAAGGUGUAUUUUUAGUCAAAUUGUUAGUGCGAAUAAAUGUCCUCACAUUACCUUUUCCUUUAUUUGAAGCCUUAAAAAACACUUCAAAAGACAAUUUCACAAAACGGGUUUUGGAAUUAGUGUUAUUUCAUCUCUUCAUUCCUUCAGCAUAUUUUCAAUAUGGUUUGAAUCGAAAUUAUCGACUAGAUUACAAUAUAUUGUACUAGCUGCUUUCGUCUUGUAUUUAUUACUAUAUGUACAAAUUGUAUAGUUUUAAUAUUUAUAUUGUGUAAUCAAAUAGUUUUAAUUUUGUGCCUAAUAUUUGAUGUUGUAAUUAUUUUCAGUUUAGUACGAAUGGAUUUACUCGGUAUAGGCCUAUAGCAAUGUUUGAUUCUGUUUUGUUUUUAUGAUUUGCCAGUGUUUCUCAACCAAAGAUUUAUAACCAACACAAAAGAAGACUAACAGUUAAGAACACUUGUUUUUUAUUUAGAGUUGUUUAAACUAUGCCAUUUUACUCCCAAACUCCAAUUUAUUUGUGACAGUGACUUUAAAAAGAAAAUUCAAAGCCUUGUGAAAGUAAAAUAAACCAUAAGCACUAUAUUGGUAGUAAGACUAGACAUAAAGAAUCAAGAAUCAUGAAAAUUCAUUGUUAAAUUCAAAAACUGCAUAUUGUGCAGAUAUCAUAUGAUAAUAACGAACGAUCUAACAAAAAAUAACAACUAAAGAAAUCAAAAAAAUCUUCUCCGUAAUUAACUCUGAAAAUUUAACUUUACUUUGGACUAUUGCCUUCAAAACUACAUAAAUAGUGAAGCAUGUUCAAAUAAAAAAAUACCCCCGCCGCAGCAAAC